AUGUCGGAACCGCCCAAAUCAAGUACUUCCUUCUCGGAUCUUCCGAUUGAGCUUCGCUUAGUUAUUUGGAGUCUUGCAAUAUCUCCCCGAGCUGAAGUAGUCCGAUACAACUACACAAAGAAAUCCUGCGUCUCGAAGGAUGUUCCAGCUUUACUCCUCGUUUCACGCGAAGCUCGAGCCGAAGCUCUUCACAAAUAUGAAAUAAGUCUUGGAACUCGUACCAAAGUCAAUUCGACCAUUUACUUCAACUACGAACUUGACACUGUUGUCUUUGAUUGGGAAUCAUUCCGAGAUUCUUACCCGAGCCGUCACAUGCAUUACUAA